UUGGUGUUUACAACUUGCCUUUCUUUGUCUAGAAUUUCGAAGAAACUCAAGCUAGACAAAGACGUAGACACCAAAUUGCUUACUUGUCUCUUCUAACUGCACCUGAGUUAAAAUAAACAAGCCAAUACUUGGUUAAAAUUAUAAAACAAAAAGAUGCAAUGAAAUUAUAAAAAAACAUGACUGAACUCAUGUAGAGUUGCCUCGUAUCCCGCCAUAGGAAUCAGGGCAAACAUAGUUCGAAUACUAGUGAACCAUAAUGAAACAAGUGUAUUGACCAUAUAUGAUCUUUGCAAAGUAUAAGAAGUCGGAACUUUCAAAACUUCUAAACAUGAAACACAAAAUGAAUGAGAAAAUACAAUUGUUAAUCAAAACAGUCAAAAGAAGUAAAUUAUCAUAACUAGAAAAAGAUGCACGGAGGGAUGCAGUUACACUCCAAGAAGGGAGUUAGAAGAGUGCGCGGCGGACGCUGAGACUCGCCAACAGAAAAUUAAAUUAAAUUUGAUUGUCAGAAAUAACAGAUUGGUAGGAUAAAACCCGAGUCCAAUAAAAUAAAACGGUCAGUGGGAUAUAACUCAAACCUGCCGAGGUUGGUGGGAUAUAACCCAAACCCAACGAAAUAAAAACGGUCAGUGGGAUAAAAGUGGAGACAUCAUGAUGAUCUUGGUCAUCAUGAUGCCACCACAAUCCACUCCUUUUGACCAAAGUAACGAAACAAAUGAGGAAAUGCUCCAAUUUUGCAGCGGCGGUCUUCGAAGGAGCAACGGAGCAGAAAGAAAAAAAAAGAACACUCCCUCUCAAUUCUCUCUCACGGCCUUUUCUUUGACUGCCAACAGAAAACACAGAAGAAGAAGGAAAAAAUUGCUUCAGGUUCCUCAUAACUCUCCCUCUCAAUUUUCUCUCGACUGGGGGACUUGGACAGAAAGACGCAAGAAGAAAAGAAGACAUUCGUGGCUCUCUGUUUGCUCUCAAUCAAGACAACACACACCAACAGAGAGGACUUUAACAAAAAGAGUUCUGACAGCUAUUGGUUAGGCUAUUGGAACCUGGCAAUUUCACUGAAAAAAAGAACUCUGGUCAGGGGAUCAAUCUCUUCAUUGAGGCAAUAUAUAUUACCCGCUCAUGACAAUCACUUCUUCUCCUCACAUUUUCUUCUCUUUCUUGCUUGGCCCUCCAUCAAUGUCCACCGCUCUCUCAAAUAUCAUACAAGAACAUGAGGGGGGGAAAUGGAGCUUUCAUGGCUGCUAUACUAACUGUAUAGACACAAAUAUAAACGAUGAAGAAGAUCAGAAUUCUUUUGGUUAUGAUGGUCAUCAUGAAACCAAUGGUCAUGCAAUAGAGGAUGAUGAUUGCAACGACUACCAACCCUUUGAUCAUGAUGAGAGAACCCUCUAUUGGGAAUCACAAGAAGCUUUGCUCCAGCUGAAGAAAGUUCAACAUUUACAGGAGAUUUUGGAACAAUACAGUUCGAGCGGUUCCAAGUCCAGGGAAGAACUUAGCAGCCUCGUACAGUUAGCCAGAAAUACUAAAUUAUGCGAAUGUCUUGGCCUAGAUGUAGAUGAUUGCUCCAAGUGCUCAAGGAGAGCAAUUGUGAAUUUUCUGCGCGGGAAAGGAAUUAAUGCCAGCAUAUGUACCUCCAUGUGGAAGAAAACACAUUCUAUACCAGGAGGGAGACAUGAGUACAUUGAAGUAAUUGCAAGUACUCAAGGAAAGAAGAGGAAAAUCAGGUUUUUGAUAGAAAUUGAAUUUCGGGAUGAAUUCAAAAUGGCAAACGCUUGUGAAGACUAUAACAAAUUGAUAGAGCAACUUCCAGAGACCUAUAUUGGCAAGCCUGAACAUUUAAAUGCUGUUGUUCGUGUAAUGUGUGAUGCAGCCAAAAGGUCUACAGCAGAAAGAAACAUUCAUUUAGGUCCAUGGAGAAAGAUGAGUUUCAUGCAGAUGAAAUGGUCAGCUUCAAACCAAAGUAAGCAUGAGCAUCAAUCUUCUUCUUCAGCCAAUAAACUCGGUUGAAGCAGAAAUAUACAGAUGGAGUUCGACCCUAUUCUAUUGCCGGCUACUACUAGCGUUGUGAGAGUGUCCUCUAUACCAGCCAAAAGUUUUGGAGAUCCUAGAGAAAGUUUUGUACUUUCAGCAAUUCUGUACUUUUGCAGAUCUUAGUUUGAGUUUUGUCAGAGUACGUAUACCUUGAACUGAGUAUUUGUGGAGGGAGAGAGAGAGAGAGAGGUGCAAGUGAGGGUUCUUGCUGAUUCAUUUUUGUUACAAAUAAGAAAUGACAUAUUCAGAAUAUACAUAUUUAA